AAGAGCACUGAUAAUCGCAUUGACUUAAUCUAUAUACAAAAACAUUUCAGAUGCUUGGGAGCCCCCAUCUGCAAUGAAAACAUGGAAUGAGGUUGACAUACUUUCUGAAAAAACUAGCCCACAAAAAGCUAUAACCUCUGUUAGCGUUACAGAUCAAAACAUAGAACUGUUAAGCUCAUCGCAAAUUAUCAAUGAUGAUGCUUAAGAUAUUACUUUCCUGGAAUUGGAGAAGUGGUCAAGGUGUUCGGCUUUCAAUUUUCAUUGCAGCUGCUUUGCUACUUUUAGUUGUAGGAGUCCUCUGCAGCAGAUUUGAUCAGUACAGGAUAACGAAUAUUCCAGAUUACGCUAGCAUAAUUGAUGCUGCUAAUGAUACAUCAACAGAGAGAACAAAGAUGAUCCAUCCAUCAAAAGGACCUGGUGAUCCUCCAAUCCUAGCUUAUUGGAUUUUUGGUUUCAAAGGGGAAAGUAAAAGAAUGUUGAGGCUGUUAAAAGCAGUGUAUCACCCAAGAAACCAGUACCUUUUGCACCUUCUUGAUGGGGAAGACGGGGAUGAAGACAGGAUGGAAUUAGCUGUUUCUGUUGAAUCUGAACAUGUAUUUCGUGCAUUUGGGAAUGUGAACGUCGUCGGUAAAAGUUAUGCAGUGAAUCACAUGGCGGAAUCAGGCGCCUCUGCUCUCGCUGCCAUGCUUCAUGCUGCAGCUUUGCUCCUUCGAAUUAGUCCACUAUGGGACUGGUUUUUCACCUUAAGCUCUUCAGACUACCCGCUUUUUACUCAAGAUGAUAUCUUAUUUGCUCUCACUUCCUUGCCAAGGGAUCUCAAUUUCAUAGGCUUCACCAAUAAGUCUAUUAACCAAAAGGGGCAAGACAACUUCAAUCGGAUUGUUGUCGAUCCCAGCCUAUACUUAAAACAGGCUGAUCCCCUUUACUAUGCUGUAGAGACUAGAGAAAUACCAACAGCUUUUGAUACAUUUGAAGGUUCCCCAUGGAUGGCAUUGAGCAGAGCUUUUAUGGAGCACUGCAUCAAAGGUUGGGACAAUUUUCCUCGAAAAUUACUUAUGUACUACGCCAAUGUAGUAUCCCCUCUCGAGUCCUACUUCCACACCGUACUAUGCAAUUCCCCAGAAUUUAGGAAUACAAUAGUAAACCAGGAUCUAAGGUACUCCGUGCCUGUAAAUAUUUCAAACUACGACUAUCUUGUGAACAAAUGGGCAAUAUCUGCUCGGCCAUUUAAAGAAGGUGAUCCUACUUUAGACGAGCUCGACAGAUCUAUCCUACAUCGCGCGCCGCAAGGGCUGGUCCGUGGGAAAUGGUGCAAUUAUGGAGGACCCAAUUCUACUUGUUCCAACUCCACUAAUUGGGAUGACAUUGAUUCAUUGAGCCCGGGAUUUUAUGGCCAAAAGCUUAAAAAUAUUAUGUCCAAUUUUACUGCUGGAAACCGAACCAAUCAUUGUCGCGGCAGUUCAUAUUAAUACACUCCAUAUUCUUCUAUUUACAAAAAAUGAUGUGUGCUCUACUUCUCUAGUUCGAGGAGAAACCUUAGAUGAUUUUACCAAGUGCUCUUGUAACUUUUGUAAAAUCGCAACGUUGUAAAUACCAAACAUUUCUUGUUGCUUGUUAUAGUUAUCAAUCGAUCACGCAUGAUGAAGUUGUUUCUUUUCUUCCGGAUUAUUCAAGAUU